UUUAAAUUUGAAACUCUUACAAAUCACGCAAAACUCGCGGAACUAGAAAAUUUUUAAAUUAUUAAAAUGAAAUCCACAAUAAUUUUUCUUCUUUCAGUUUUCGUUGAAAUUUCGUUCGCUUGUAACGGAUACAAAUUAAAAAUAAAUAAAAUUGAAAAUUGUGCUGGUGAUAAUCAGAUAGUAACAAUUGAUGAAGGAUUUUCUAUGAAAUUAAAUAAAAAGUGUGAACUUGUACCAUCCGGUUGUAUAACACAUAAGGCUUUUAAUACAGCAUUGGAAACCUUUAAAAUUACAAAAGAUGGCGUGGUUGUUAAGGAAGGUACUGUUGAUGUAUGUGAUGCUGCAACACACGCCCAAGGUGAACAUAAAAAUAUGAUGAAGAUGUUUUCAUUACCAGAAAAAUGUCCAGUUUCAGACGGUAAAGUAUGUUCAGAUGAUCGGAAAUUAGAUUUUUCCAAAUUUAAAAAUAUGCUAUCCUUGGCUCGUGGUCAAAUUGAUAUUGAAAGUAAUAUUGAUCAUGAUACUGGAAAAUCUUGUUUUAAAAUUGCAAUGGAAAUAACAAAAUAAUUUUUAUAUGUGGAUAAAAAUUGACUUUGUAGCGGUACUAAAAUUGAAUUGGACAUGAAAAACUUUUACAAUUAUGUACUAUUGUCCAAAAUUAAUUUACGUAUACGUGUAAUAAA